AUGAAUAAAAUUCUAAGAGGAUUUUCAACUGUAAAAUCAAUGAAAUACAUCAAAGAUAAACAACCUAUUUUAAAGAUUAGCGAAUUACCUUCUGGAAUUAAAAUAUUUACUGAAUAAACUGCUUUUCCAUUUGCAUCUGAUAUAGGAAUUUGUUUCAAGGCUGGAUUAAGAAAUGAGCUUCCCUCAGAAACUGGCUCACUAUUCAGUCUUAAUUAACAUAUGUAUCAUAUUUCUGAAAAUGAUUGUUUGGAAAAUUUGUAAAUUUAUCAGCUAUUUAGUGAGCAAACUCUUCGAACAGGCUGCAUGCUGGAUUAAACAUAUGAUUCAGAAUUAUCAUAUUGGAAAUGCUAAUUUAUAUAGGAAGAUUUUGAUAUGAUUGUAGAUGUCCUAUUAAAGCUUGCUUUGACGACCAAGAGAAUUGCAAAAGAAACCAGAGAUUAAUUUAGUUAAAUGAAUAUUCCUUAAGAGAGAAUGACUGUAGAUGAAGUUAUUAAAAGAGCUGCUUUUGGCACACAUCCAUUAACAAAUGCUAAAACAUCAGCACAAAUAUUGCCAAAAUAAGAAGACUUUUCAAGAUUUUAAGAAUAAAUGCUUACUAGUUAAAAUAUGAUUAUUGGUUAUGCAGGAGUGUGGAGUCAUGAAUAAUUUAGAGAAUACAUUGAAAAAAAAUUAGUAAAUCAUCAAUAAUUUUUCUAAAGGUAAUUAAGGAAAUAAACUUCCCCAGAGUUCCAUUCUCAAGUAUUUGCCUUAAACGAUGAGAAAAAUGAUACUCUUGAUAUUGCAUUACUAUUUAAAGGAAGUAAAUGGAGUGAUAAGAAUAUGCCUACUCAACAUAUUUUAAAUCAAAUUUUAGGAUCUUCAAGUUCCUGGUCAACUGGUGGUCCUGGUAAAGGAAUGAGAUCCAGAACAACUCUGAAUUUAAUGCAAUCAAUAUAAUCUGUGGAAGAGGCAGCAGGAGUUUCUUAAGUGUUUUCAGAUGCAGGAAUAUUUGGGUUAAGAGUUUAAGGACCUCCUAGUUCUAAAUAGGAAUUAUACGAAUGCUUAAUUGAUGAAUUCAGAUAAUUGGGGUAACCAAUGAGUGAUGAGGAAUUUUAGAGAGGCAAAAACAUAGCCAUCACAUUAAUUAAUUUGAAUUUGGAGAGACAAGCUGAUCGUUUAGAAGAAUAAAUAAAAACAACAUUCCUGAUGGGAUAAAAUGCUGUGCCCCUUUAUGAGAGUUUGAUCGAAAAUGUUACUAAAGAACAAUUAUAGGAUUAUGUAAAAAAUUUUAUAAAUAAUUCUGAACCAACUCUUAUGUACUAUGGUAAAAAUGUAAAGGAUAUUCCAACAAUGUAAUAAAUUAAAAAAAAUUUGAGAAAAUGAUAUUUAUGUUAUUAUCUAUAUAUAUUUGAUGUUGAAAA